AUGAGUGCACAACAAUCCUCCACUCCGGCGGGGGACAAGCCCAACCCGGUCGUGUUCUUCGACAUAACGCUCGGAGGCGAACCUCUCGGACGGGUCAAGAUAGAAUUAUUUGCCAACGUCGUGCCUCGAACAGCUGAGAACUUUAGGCAGUUUUGCACUGGCGAGACAAAGAACGCGCGGGGUCGACCGCAGGGGUACAAAGGCUGUAAAUUCCAUCGAGUCAUUAAAGAUUUCAUGAUUCAGGGAGGAGACUUUAUUAAUGGUGAUGGAUCCGGGCGAGCAUGCAUCUACGGAACAGCCUCGUUCGCUGAUGAAAACUUCAAUCUCACGCAUGAUGGGCCUGGUGUGCUUAGUAUGGCGAAUUCUGGUCCGAAUACUAAUGGCUGCCAAUUCUUCAUAACUACCACCGCCACUCCAUUUCUCAACAACAAGCACGUCGUCUUCGGUCGCGUGGUGGAUGGCAUGGAUAUUGUGCGCAUGGUAGAGAAUACGCGUACUACGAGAGAUAAGCCAAACCAGGACGUCGUAAUUGUGCAGUGCGGCGAGAUGUGA